ACUUACCAGAAAACACUUAAAAUCAUAUUUCAUUUUCCAUUUAUCUUUGAAAGAGGAGGAAGAAGAAGAAGAAGGCUUAGGAUUUUAGAUUUUGCAGUUCCCUUUUCAACAUUAAUUAAUAUAUUCAAACCUUCUUCUUCUCCAUUUUUAAAAUUCCCAGUUUAGAAACUUUCAAUGGCGCAAGUGAAAUUGCUCUGUCUGUUUGCUCUGUUUUUAACGCUUUCAGAUCUCUUCAUAACAGGUAUACAUUCAUCUGCAACAUUUACAAUGGUAAACAAAUGCAAGCAAACAAUAUGGCCAGGACUAUUAUCCAACGCUGGAAUUGCUCCACUUUCCACCACUGGAUUUGUUUUACAAAAAGGCGAAUCAAAGACAAUAAAUGUACCCUCUAAUUGGGGUGGUAGAUUUUGGGGACGUACACACUGUACUGAAGAUUCCACAGGAAAAUUUACCUGCGCCACAGGUGAUUGCGGCUCCGGUAAGAUGGAAUGCGCCGGCGGUAACGCUGCGCCGCCAGCAACAUUAGCUGAAUUCACACUUGACGGCGCCAACGGGAUGGAUUUCUUUGAUGUUAGCUUAGUUGAUGGGUACAACUUGCCAAUGCUUGUGGUACCACAAGGUGGGUCCGGUAACAACUGUACAAGCACUGGAUGCGUGGUUGAUUUGAACGGCGCGUGUCCGUCAGAGUUAAAAGUGACGAGCGUGGGAGGUGAAAACGUCGCGUGUAAGAGCGCGUGUGAAGCUUUCCGACAAGAUGAGUACUGUUGUGCCGGCGCGUAUAAUAAUCCGACUACAUGUAAACCGUCGUCGUAUUCAAUGUUGUUUAAGAAAGCUUGUCCAAGUGCUUACAGCUUUGCUUAUGAUGAUAAAACAAGUACCUUCACUUGUGCUGGCGCUAAUAAUUAUCUAAUCACUUUUUGUCCAGCCCCUAACACCAGCCAAAAAUCAUCAUCAUCAUCAUCAGGUGGGCAAAAUCAAGAACCUGAAGAUAAUAACCAAAGCAGCAGCAACAACAACAAUGAACCAUCAACAAUCAACGGCUCUAUGGUAUAUGAUGGUGCAUGGCAAUAUAGCAGUGCAUCUUCAACCACGUGCAUGCACGUGUUAGGUUCACGGGCCAUCGCCGGUGCCAUCGCCAUCUUAACAGCCACUUUCCAGUUACGUCAGCUCUUCUAAAUUCUUUACUCAACUUUUGGCUGACACACAAAUGUUAGGCGCAGGCCCAUCUUAUUUUGUCGGAGCUUGGGGUGGUAUAUCAUGUGUGGGCCAUUAAUUAGGCCUUGU